GAAACAAAAACUAAUGAAAAAUCUAAAACUAUUAUAACCUUGGUUUGAUGAUCUGAAACAUUAAAGUAACAUAUAGAUAAUAAAUCGGUGAGGGAGCGAACACUUUCACAUAUGUAUAUCCACACUGUAUAUAUGUUUAAAAAAAAAAAAAAAAGUAACAGAUUGCACAAAAUGAUUGCACAAUGGUUGCAAUUCCCCUUUAUUUCCCAGCAGUAUUUGAAUAUUAAAACUAGAGGAAGGAAUCUCCCGGCAAGUUUGAAAUAGAUCAUCAUCAUAUUCACACACACACACGUGCACACAUACGCACACAACACCCUCAGAUGAAAAAGAAAGCUGACGAGUCAUUGUCAAUCUCUUUAUCCGCUUCUGCCUGUCUGUGUGUGAGGGUGUGUGUGGGAGCGCUAGUGACGUUUAGGAACUUACAGAUGUGGUUUAUGUGCGUGCGGUUGAGAGUUUUAGACGCAGCGCUCUGAAACAGAUCUUCAUUCUCUCAGAGACGAGUGUGUAUGUGUUUGUGUGUGAGGAGCUGAUGGAGAUGGUGUUUCCUCUGCUUCUCCUGCUUCUGGCUGCAGCUCACAGUCUGGAGUCUGGGUGUCAGAACUGGGAUGUUUCUACUGAAAACAAAGACCAAGUGUGCUGCGUCAGCUGUAAACCAGGAAACCGUCUAGUCAGAAAGUGUGGCCCAAACCCUGAAGAUUUGUGUUCUCCGUGUGAAAAAGACACCUUCAUCACUAACCCAAAGGAGAAGUCCUGUCAGAGAUGCUCCCAGUGUAUAGGUCUCAUGUGGGUAAAAACGAAUUGCACCGCCAGCAGCGACACCGUUUGUGCUUGUAAAGCAGGAUAUCAAUGUUCAGAUCAAAGGUGCACUUUCUGCUAUAAAGUGUGUGGCAAAGGAGAACAGCCCAAACUAAGACAAUGUGAGCCAUGUCCUCCAGGGAAGUACAAUGACAAGAUUCACCAGAACUGCGUCAGCUGGACCAAAUGUACACUGCCAGAUCAUCAGAUCAUCGCUGCUGGAACUGCAUCUUCAGAUGUGAUCUGCGGCCUGAAAGCUGUCACUAAACCACCAAAUGACGUGCCAGGAAAUGAUGCAAACAUUGGAAUGGUCUUCACCAUAAUAAUCAUCAUCUUUGGGCUUCUCUGCAUCUCCUUCCCUGUGGCCACCCUCAUCCUGCUGGAGUGGAGAAGAAGAAAAGACGGACAGAAAGAAAGAAAUGAUCCUCUCGCUGAAGCAGCGAAUGCAGAGACGGUUUCAGAGGAGAGCAGUUUCUGUUUCCCUCAGCAGGAGCGCGGUGGCAGCAGCAGCAGUCAGAGCUCACAGUCCUCACUGCUGUCUCAGGACAUCGGCCCACUCCAGCCAUGAGGAACACAAGUGUGACCCUGGACCACGAAACCAGUCUUAAGGGUCAGCUGAAUAAAUAAGCUUUCCAUAGAUGUAUAGUUUAUAAGGAUAGACCCAUAUUUGGCUGUUGGGAAAUCUGGAAUCUAUUAGUUUAUUAAAUUUGUCUUUAAACUUGAAAUGAAGUGCUUAGUUUAAUGCGUAUCACUAUUCAAAAACGACAUGUUAAUGUACAGGUGAAGUCAGAAUUAAUAGCCCUCCUGUAUAUUUAUUAUCCCCAAUUUCUGUUUAACGGAGAGUUUUUUUCAACACAUUUAAUAACUCAUCUCUAAUAACUGAUUUCUUUUAUCUUUGCCAUGAUGACAGUAAAUAAUAUUUGACUAGAUAUUUUUCAAGACACUUCUAUACAGUUUAAAGUGACAUUUAAAGGUUUAACUAGGUUAAUUGGACAAGUUAGGCUAAUUAGUAGGGCCAGACAGAAUCUGCGGACAUUUUUUGCUAUUUCUGCACAGAA